CCCGAUGACAAGCCACCCUUCCAGCUAGCAAACUCCAACCUACGAUCGCCACUACUACUAGAGCAACCGUCGGAGGGGGUGGCUUAUUGGCUAUACGGGGUGUCCCACGAGAAGGCCGUGUUAUGACAGAGAGAGAGUUUAAUAGAUGCGCAGAAGGAUGGGGGGAAAAAACGUCAAACGGAAGAAUGGCCAGAGUGGCAGAAGGGAAACUUUAAUUAGGAGUAGUUGAAGUGUGGACGGAGAGUCCACAUUCAAUGAUUCACAACACGGAUCUGAUCCGCAUCUGCAAUGCGUAGUGUGUCACAGACUCAAAGUUUGGAUCUAUUAUACAACUUGCUCUUGUGUGCGAAGGGAACAUAUGUAAGAGUCAAGUGUCCUCAUCUGCCUUUUCAAGUCACGCUAUCACUCGCGGUCGCAAACUGGCGACCCCAAGUUGAGAGCCACGGAGGCGACGGGUCGCCGCUGUGCACCACCAUAGUCGUCAGCCGUCCGAUGCAGGCAACUUCUUCCUCCGCAGCGUUCAUUCUCGCUCGCCAGCCACGAGGACGCGACCAUCGAGGUCCGAGGACUCUGACCUCUUAUCCGUAUGCCGCCCGCCGGUCUCCGCGGCGUUUAGGGUGUGCGUACUUCGGCGCCGAACCGUCCGGUCGCCCCGGUCCUCCUACUCCCUAAUUGCCGAACAAUUGUCCGAUAUCGUCCAAGGGACACGCAAACCUCGCACGCGUCCCAAGCAAAGACGAAUAUGUCUCAAUUCAGUUCACAAAAAAGUGCGAACAAUUCGAAACAAUGUUCCACGUAUGCUUUUGACUAACACUUUGCAAUUACAUCUUUUUUUUUUGUUCUUUUUUUUUAAAGAACUAAAUGUUUUCUUUACAUCGAUCGAUUCCUCUUAUUAUUCUGUAAAAGUAUACAAGCUAUACAAAGUAAUGAUUGAAAAAUAAAUAAUUGCGAGAUAUCCUAUAUUUCAUAUCAAAAUAUAUUAAAAUAUAUGCAAUCUCUUUCGUAAACUACUGAUUUCUCAAUAAUUCUACAUAUUUUCAUAUGCAGAAUAACUAAAGAAAUUAUAUCACAUUCCAUGUAAAAUAAUCUUUGAAAAAAUAAGACUUUAAACAAUCAA